GACACUUACAAAUGACAAAGAAGAUGGUAAGGAAAUGACUAUCUAUGGGGAUGUGGAUAAUAAAAGCACAGUCUAUAGACGAAGCGAAGACUCAGACACCAAGAGAAAACAAACAUCUGAACGCACAGAUGGUUAAAUUCUCAAUGUGUGGGCCCGGCUCUCUACAGUGUGAGUUCCUGUGAUUUCUUUGGUGGGUUGAGCAUCUCCUCGCGGAUCUGCAUGCUGCUGGUGGUGUCUGGACCCAUUUUUUGUGGACUGAGUGUUUUCUUUCAAAAAAGUUCUGUUCUCCCUGCCCCGUGGUAUUUUGAAGUAGGCGAAUGCUGACACAAUUGUUACUUAUCACAACAAACUACCAAAAUUUUGUGUUUUGAGAAUAAUAAUGCAUAAAACCUAUUUUUGUUAACCCUAACAAUAUCAACACUUUGUAAAAGGGCAAUAGGACCAAUUCACACUUUGCCAGGAGCCUGAAUGGCUGAUCAAUUAUAACACUGAUAACAUGUGCCCUCUGCCGCUAUCCGCAACAAACAAACAAAACAGAAGAGGUUGGAGAUAGCAGGAUUCAUAGCUCAAAUCUGAUUGGUUUCUUAAACAGGAAUAAUUAUUUCUUGAAAAAAAUCACACAGGAAGUCACACUGUCUUGUAUGUACUUUUCUAUGAGUAAAAUAUCAAAGGCGGACUUCUUCAAUCGCUGCAGGACAUCUUGACAUAACCAUAAAAGAGCAACUUGCAGUAAUAUUAACUUCUGACUGGAAAUAACAUUCUUCACAUUCUUAUAAUUGUAUUUGAUCUAAACAUUCCUGGGAUGCAGGCGAUUUAUGAAGAAGAUGAGAUGACUGUCUAUGCCAAUUCAAAUGCUAUAAGCAGUCCUAAUGUCUGUAAAGGAACAGAAGACACCACAAGAAACCAAAUAUCUCAACAUAACGGAAGUGAUACUGUGAAGAACAGAAGUCACAGAUCAGUUCUAGUGUGUUUGGUGGUGUUGUGUGUUCUUCUACUGACUGCAGUCAUAGUGUUGUGUGUCCUGAUCUAUACAAACAAUCACCAGUUUCACAUCAACAACAAAAACAUCACACAAGAGAGAGACCAACUACUUCCUGAAGAUGCCAACAUCACAGAAGAGAAAAAACAGCUACUAACUAACAAUAUGAAACUCACAGAAGAGAGAGAUCAGCUACUAACCAAAUAUAGCAAGAUUAAAAAAGAUAGAGACCUGAUAAAUGAGCAGAUACAUAAACUGUGGAAGAUUCUAAAUGUAACAGAUAAAUGGCUAUACAGACAACCUAGUUUUUACUUCAUUUCAUCUGAGACGAAGAGCUGGAGCGAGAGUAGAAGAUACUGUACACAGAGAGGAGCAGAUCUGAUCAUCAUUAACAACAAAGAGGAACAAGAGUUUGCUGUCAAGGCUACUAGCGAUUAUGGAGUCUGGAUUGGUUUGUCUGAUAGUGAUGUGGAGGGCACAUGGAAUUGGGUUGAUGGCAGCACUCUGACCUCUGGAUUCUGGAGGUCUGGAGAACCCAAUGGUGGUAAAUCAGAGAACUGUGCGGUGUUUUACUCAUCAGGGGGGUACGAUUACCCAUGUGAUCGUGCUUAUAAAUGGAUUUGUGAGAUAAAUAUUUUAAAAUAAGUUGUUGUGAGCUACUGUAUAUGUCCAUGCUUUCACAUCCGGACCGGAGAAAAUUGUGAGUGAAGUCAAAGUCAAACAUACUGUGUGGUACGGUA